UUAACAAUUUAUUCAUUCAAUUGUUUAGUUAUUAAAUAACGAAUAAAACAGUUAUUUAUUGUCUAACAAUGAAAUUAGUGGCAGUUCUAAGUGUUUUGGCAUUAGUUGUAUUGAUUGAUGCGAAGAGGGAGCCAAAGUUUGCGCCAUAUAUUGAUGUGACGGUCGCUAAAGACUUCAAAUUAGUUGAUUUGAAGAACAAGUAUGGAGUGAAGGCUUUCUCAUUGGCGUUUGCUUUGGGCGGAACCGCUGGAUGCAAACCGAUGUGGGGCGGACAGGUCAACAUCGAUGACCCCGAUAUCAUCAACAAUAUCAAGUCCUUCCGGGCGGCCGGCGGUGAUGUCAUUGUGUCGACCGGUGGCGCUGUCGGACCCUAUUUGGAGCAGAGCUGCCAUUCGGCCAACGAUUUGAUGAACGCUUACAAACGGGUGCUCUCUGUGACCGGCUCUUCGCAUCUGGACAUCGAUAUCGAGUCGACAGUGCCAUCAGAUGUGAUGAACCAGGCGUUGGCCUCACUUCAAAAGCAGAUGCCGUCUCUGACGGUGAGCUUCACUCUUAUGGUUCAGGGCGACGACUAUGGGGUCACCGAUUCUCUGGGCGUUCAGGUGCUCAAGAAUGCGGCCAAACACGGCGUAAACGUCGAUAUCGUGAACCCAAUGACUAUGGAGUUCGGGACUAACAAGAAGUCGUGGGGCGACGCUGUGAUCGCCGCCGCGGAGUCCACUCACCGGCAGAUGAAACAGGUUUGGCCGCAGAAGAGCGACGCGGAGUUGUACUCAAUGCUUGGCGUGACUCCAAUGUUGGGCAAGAAUUUCAACGGCAAGAUCUUCACUCAGGCUCACGCCAGACAACUGGUCGCGUGGGCUAAACAGAAAAAGAUCGGUCACUUGUCCUUCUGGUCUAUCAAUCGUGACAGGGGUUGUGCCGGACAACCAGUCGGCCCCUCCUGUUCUAGUAUUGCUGAACAGGACCACGAGUUUACCAAGAUAUUCGUCGGUUUCGACCAUUAAGCUAAUAUUAUAGAUAACGCUAUUCUUGUAAUUACUCUUAUCUAAUAAAUUGUUAUUCAAUUAUUAAGUUGACUAUAGUUUAUAGUUAUCAAUGGUGAAUACCAAAUAUAUU